CUCUCUCUCUCUCGUUUUAGCGUUUUCUCUUUCUGGGUCUUAUGAUUCGGAAUUCAUACUUCCUAUUAUCUGUGUGGGUGAUGAGAAAAUGUGGGUGGCAAUCAAAUUGCGAUGUUUCCAACGUUUACCUCUUAUUUGUUUUGUCUUCUGGGGUUUAGGAGAGUAAAGCUUGACACUUUACUGAGAUUAUUCAUAAUUAAAUGGUAUGAUUGUCACAUCUGCGCUUAUAAUAUGGAAGGCGUUAAUGUGUGUUACCGGCAGUGAGUCUCCCGUUGUUGUUGUUUUGUCUGGAAGUAUGGAACCUGGUUUCAAGAGGGGGGACAUUUUGUUCUUGCACAUGAGUAAAGAACCCAUUCGUGCAGGAGAAAUUGUUGUGUUUAAUAUUGAUGGCCGUGAAAUUCCAAUUGUCCAUCGCGUCAUUAAGGUUCAUGAACGAAAAGAUACUGGAGAAGUUGAUGUCCUAACAAAAGGAGAUAACAAUUAUGGGGAUGACAGGCUUCUUUAUGCUAACGGUCAGCUGUGGCUACAACGGCAUCAUAUCAUGGGCAGAGCUGUAGGGUUUUUACCUUAUGUCGGGUGGGUGACAAUUAUCAUGACUGAAAAGCCUAUUAUUAAGUAUAUUCUAAUUGGCGCGUUGGGGUUGCUUGUUAUAACAUCAAAGGACUAAAUGAAGCAAACUCCCGGGGUGGUCGAUCUUCAAAUGAACCGUUCGUCGCGGCCAGAAGCUCUGAUCCUCCCCUCGAAUCUUCUAAAGUUCUUAACUGUACAAGACACUUUUACAUGAUAUAUUACAGCAGAAUAGUUGGUUAAUGUUAUUAACUUCCAUUUGAAGUUUCUUCUUUCCUCAACUAAAAUUUGGCUUCAAGUAAUUUUUCGGUAACAUUUUAGCACCA